UUUUGUUUCAAGCGACGCGCGCCGUGUUGACGUGCAGUGCGCGGCUUAUAGCGGUCACGUGGGUGGCCGCCGAGUGCUCAAGAAACAAACCAUUAUCUACUUUUUCUCGGCCGAGUGUCUGAAGAAGCCGGCGGGGUCGGCAUGCAGCGCUGCCCCUACAUACACGAGAUGAAGGAGCGCCUGCUCAGCCAGGGAAGCAACCCGGAACAGCUGCUCGACUCCCUCGAUGACAUGGAGAAGGAGGCGCUGGAGAUCCACGAGGACCCUGCCGUGGGCACCGUCGUCAAGCUGAACCCGGAUGGCUACAGCUCGCACACGUCUCCCGCGCACCGCUUCGCGGCCCACCACGACUUGCUCGGAGACCACUGCCCGCCCAAGAAUGCUAAGACGUCGCUGUUCAUCAUAAUGAGUUUCAUCUACGCGAAACUGCUCGUCGUCAUCUGCAUUGCCUACGUGAUCUCUGAAGUAGUUGUGGCGCGAAACAUCCCGCUACACUACUACGAGGGCUUCUUCACAUACCUGUACGGCAUGAGCAUCUUGUUCCUGCUGUACGUGUUCUGCUUCCUGCUCCAAGAGAGUGCGUGCUGCGCGGGGGGUUCGCCCGAGCCGCCUGUCAACCACAAGAAGAAGGACAAGAAGGACAAGAGCAAGAAGAAGGAGAGUGAAGCGAAGAAGCUGCCUGAGCCCCAGUCCGCGGGGAAGGGCACUAUGUUCCAGAGGAAGGAAACGUACCCACGUAAGAUGAAGGACUUGGUCAAGUUGAGACUUCACAUGGAACAGCAUGGCAGUAUGCCUGUUGAUGUGCAGGGGGUGCUGCGCAACCUGCGGUCGAGCAAGGACGUGAACCUGAACGACGGCGGCGGGGACAGCCCCACGCAGGAGAAGCUCACUGGUGCUUGUGAGGCGCAGGAAGCUGUGGAGCUGGAGUCCGGCGCCUCGCGGUACGCGCGGAAGAGGAAGACGUCCCAGAACAUACACAGUCACGGCAGCUUCUUCCUCAGAGUCGGAGCUAUAGCAUUUGGCUUGGGUACAAUGAUCUACAACGGGCUUGAGUGCGGUGCCUUCUUCGAGGUUCCAUUCGACUCGCCCUGCUACCAGAUCCUGAGAGGAAUCAACCCAGUGCUGCAGAUGGUCUUCACUUUCAUGCAGAUGUACUUCAUAUUCAUGAACUCUCGAUUGAACAUUCAUCGUUUUAAAGUACUGGCCCGUUUCGGUCUGAUGCACAUCGUAGCGACCAACCUGUGCGUGUGGAUUCGCACUCUAGUCCUGGAGAGCCUGAAGGAAGUGAUGAGCUACAAGACCAGGAGCUCCGAGGACUACUAUGAGAGUUUGCGUCUUUUCCCAAGCCACGAGCUUGUGAAGGUGGCGGCUCAGACUGCACCAACCAGCGCCACCGCUGCUACCACAACUACUGCCUCGCUCAGGGCUGCCACGACCCAGGCGGUGGCUCGCGCCACGUGGCUGGUGACGCGCCUCGCUGCUGCCACCCUGCCGGCCACACACAGCACCACCACCACUACCACCACAACCACCACCACUACUUCCUUCCCCACCACCUCACUCCCCACCACCACCACCAUCACCCCUACCACCACCAUCACCCCUACCACCACCAUCACCCCCACCACCACCCCCGCCUCGCCCUUCCUCUUUCCCGGCGUGCCUGAUUACAAGGAUUACUGGCCGGUUGCAGCCUCGAACGAGACCUUCUCCUUGCUGGACGCCGUGCCCCGGGAAGCACUCACGGCCAACUUGAGCGCCUUGGCGUCUGACACCUGCGACCGCGUCAACAUCAUGGGCACCAUCGUGCAGGACUCGGCCCCCUACCUCUUCCCAUUCAUCAUAGAAUACAGCCUGAUCGGAGCCGCCGUCAUCUACGUCAUGUGGAAGCACAUCGGCUGCAACCCCAGGUACGGAGGCGAGGACGACCUGGAGCACCGACUGGAGGUGAUGCUGUCACGCCGCGCUGUUGCCAUGGCGCAUGCCCAGCACGGUCACGUGGACUGCGUGGGUGCCAGCAAAGGCCUCUUCUUCGGCCUGCUGCUUCUCGUCGGCUCGCUCAUCUGCCUCAUCCUCUUCUUCGUGCUGAUCCCGCACCCCACGCUCGGCAUGCUCGCCAUCUACCUGGCGGACGUGUCCCACUGCGUGCUCAUGACGCUCAGCAUCGUCGCCAUCAUCAUCGGCUUCAUCAGGGUGCAGAACCUCAAGUUCCGGGCGGAGGAGCAGAGCGACCUGAACGACAUCCUGCUGCGCGUGUCGGCAUUCGGCCUGUUCGUGUACUCGGUGUUCAGCGUGAUAGCAGGCUCCCUCGCUGCUUUCACGCACAAGCCCAACCUGCUGGUGAUGGUGACGGGACUUCUGUCCGUCCUGCAGGUGGUGCUGCAGCUGCUGUUCAUCGCGGACAUCGCCCGGCGCCGCGUGCACCUGCCCGAGCACGACCGCACCAAGCCUGGCCGCCAGGUGGUCACCUUCCUGCUCAUCUGCAACGUCACCAUGUGGAUCAUAUACACCUUCGAGAUGCAGAAGGUCAUGGCCAACCCCGUCCAGCUGGACUUCUAUGGGUUCCUGGCCUGGGCCAUAAUUCAGCGCGUGACCCUCCCGCUGUGCAUAUUCCACCGCUUCCACUCGGCCGUGACGCUCGCCGAGAUCUGGAAGACCAGCUACAAGGCUCGGCUGGAGUAGACCUCAGCUCUGCGGUGCGGUGCUGCAGUCACUGCGUCCACUGCAGCUCUGGAAACGAGCAGCGCGCAAGCUGACGGCGCUACUUCUCAUCAUUCAACCUACAUCCUUACAAAUAUGCACUGCAAUCUGCAUGCUUUACUUCAUUUGGGUGGGGUUUUCGUUUUUGUUACUUUUUUACAGACACUGACUACAUUUAUUUUAAAAGUCAGCCACAUUUAUUUUUUGAGAGUACAAUUAAUCUCUUUUAAAAUAAAAUUUAAUUCUUAACAUUUGUAACUGAAUUUAUUUUUUAAAAGUUACUGUGAUAAAUUUUUGAUAUUUUUUUACAUUAGUUUAAAACCUUAAGUUACCCCUUUAAAAGUGAAAAAAAAAAGCUGGAAGAAAUGAUAUACUAUUGUUUACUAUAAGGUAUAAGUAUAGAGUGUGUUGUGAACUUAUGAUUUUCAAUGGUUGACUGAUAUUUGUGGGGCGAUGAGGAAGCUGGGUUGUUUGUGAGGACGGCGAUCAAAGUCGUCAGAUGAUCUUAGCGACCAUGCGUAAGGCGUUCCCAGUUCAAAUGAAAUAUCGACGAUGACUGUAUGCAUGGAUGUGACUUCAUCAAUAUCACAAUUUUAUACUAGUACUAGUCAGUAUUAAAAGACAUGUAUGUGAAUAAGUUGUGAUGUUUCAUAGAAGUUGCGAUUGUACAUAUAAUACUUAAUACAAUUAGCCAUGUGCUGCAUUGCUGCUGCCCUCUAUGCUCUUUUUUGCUUUGCCAUUUAAAUUAUAUGAAAAUGCAAUCCUGCUUUUGGGGAGAAGAUUACAACAAUAGACGGACUCAACAUCGAAAGAAAAUUUCGGAAAAUAAUGACUGCAUACAAGUUAUUUUACUUUCAAUGCGAAUUUUAAAGAAGAAAAUAAUAUUGAUCUGAAUGCCACAAAUGUUUGUAGCUAAAAAAGAUUUGUUUCUAUCAAAUGUUUAUGUAUGGCAAGCUAUAUACAAUGACCACUCAUCACUCAGGUUUUUUUGUCAGGAAAUACUGUUUCAGGUCUGUUAGACCUCUCUUCAUCAACUCUGCAAUGCUAUUACAGUUUCUUCCACUUCUUCCCAUCUCACUGUCUCCCUUUUGAUUUGCUUCCUAAACUUCAUAUACUUCAUUGAUCCUUAUAUCCCCCGCUCUGUCAAUACGAUUAAAUACUUCGCCACCUCUAUGUUACAACAAUUCAGUUGUCUACUCCAGCUUUGCCCAUACUAAUUCAUCUCAUAACAUGUCCCCUGUAACUGCCAGUAUGCCCCUAAUACCUUCAUUGCCAUUGAUGUGAGGUCCUCGGCAUGUGGUAUGUGUUUCAAUGCUGCUUCCCUCCUUGAGUCAACUUCCUCACAUGCAAUAUGCAACAGGAUUGCUGUGAACGAAACAUCUGUAAGACAGGGAGAGGAAAGAUAUCUUCAAAACCUGUAAAACACAGCGAAACUGACAAAAUAUAGGUUUCCAAAUUUGAUUAUUCAUUUUCAAUACUUGUGUGUUCAUUUGUAUCUUAAAAGCAAACAAAAUCAUGUGAAGUUGAAAACCCAUCUGUUUUGUAAGAGAACAAACAAUGUGGUUUUAUGUUGCAGACUAGCAUCGUUGGUUGCAUUGCAGUGAUGAAAAUGAUGACAGUGCAAACUGUGUAUUGUGCAGGAAAACUUUUCAUGGCCAUUUUCACAUUUUCAGUGUGGUUGAAAUGUGAUUCGAUAAGUAUUUGUAGUUUAAUAUAUCUAUAUUGUUAUGAAUAAUGUGGGAAAAAAUUUGGUUCGUAUAGGAUAGCCCAAUUAAGAUUUAUUAAUUACUAAUAAAUAACUGUACUUAAAAAUGUCUGAUCACCAAUCACUUGCUCUUUAAAUGUUUAUUAGCCAGUCAAGUCACUCAAUGUCUGUCAAGUUCCACAGUUCGCAUUCCUCACUAGAGCUAGGCUAGCCAGUGAUUCACCCCUUACUUCGCACCUGUCCUCACACACAAAGCCUCGUGCCACUCAGUCACACUCUCACGGUCCCGUCUCUCCUCAUCACGCCUCUCUUGAGGGGGUUUCUCACCCUCUUCGCCGAUAUCGCACUUCCCUUCACUCCCGAAACCCUCAGAACUCGCGGAACUCCCGCGGAGGCCGGCGUCGUCACUUAUAUAUUCGUGACGUCCUUCUCGAAGGGACGAGAGGGGCUGUGACAUGUCGCGUCAUCCCGGGCCGCAAAGACCAGAAAGGCGACGUUUAUUCGCGCCACUCGGCAUAGCGGUCUCGGGAAACCCGCAGAAUUCCCUGGCCGCUGAAAGUGUCGGUUACAAUAGUUCGAGGUGGGACGGUGUGCGGGGAGCAGAGGGGGAUGGUUAGCCAGACCCUUGUAAUCCAGCCGGGCAUGCGUGACGUGUGUUUCACAGCACUCGUGCGGGGCCGCUGGAAGCCCGCUCAGGUACUUGGCACGCGUCGCGGCCUUGCCUCCUAGCACGCAUGUAACAAUAUGUUAUCUUGCAAGAUUGAUUGAUGCGUCAGGGAAAAAUUUUGUUUGGACAGGGAAAAAAUUGAAAACUCAGGAAAAUGGUCUAGAGAAAGAGUGCGGAAACCCAUGUCGUAAACCCGAUCUCUUUCACUCACUGUCUUCUCUUCCUUUCUUUUGAAUUAAUUAUCGUACGUAAAUUGAUGCAAACUCAACACGAGACAAAAGCUGCAAAUAAUACCUGUUGCAUGGUUUGAGGAACUAAAAUUAAAUAAUCCAGUCAUACAAACACCAGUCGUACCCUAGUCUGCUGCUAUUAGGCAUUGAGAUAAAAGCCGUCACACUAAUGCAGUAGGUAAAAACAGAAAAGAAAAUUAUGCAUAAUAGUUGUAUUUUUAAAAGCGUAUUUAACAGUUUAAUUUUGUAAAACACACAUUUACAUUUUAUAUGCAAAAUAUUACAUCCUUAAUAUGAUUAGGAAAAAAUAUUAAGAAAAAAUUUGAACACACGUUUAUAUGUUCUACAGGUUCCUUCUCCUGUGGAAUGUUGUCAGAUCUAACACAAUACUAGCAUGAAGUAAAGCAGAAGAUUACUUGUAAAGAUGAUGUACAAAGAAACCUUUUUUGAGUUUAAAUGUUUAUUUCACAUAUCGUAGUGAUAUAAUUUAAAAUGUUAAAAAUAUUUACACACUACAAACAUUACAGACAACAUUCUACAUAGUCAUAAAUAUUAUUUAAUAUUAUACUUGUUUUGUCAAUUUGUUGCACUUUAUAAAUAAAUAGUCUUAUUUUAUCACUGUUGUAUGUGGAGUCUACCGAGAUCACUAGAGACACAAACGGACAAUGAACACUUAAUUGGGGAAGUAAUUAAGGUGAAACUUUUGGAAGGACUCAUAUUUGCCUGUAAUAAUUGAAGAAAUAUACAGAAAGCCCGAAUCGUAAUGACUGGAAUGGGAUUCUAACCCAAAUCUUCCAGAAUGUGAGUUCAUUGUUUAUUGUAUCGUUCCAUCAUAUUUGUAAUGGAAAUAUUCAGACUUAAUUUUACUAAGACCAUGCACAAACAAACAUUGCCAUUCAUUUAUCACAUUAAAUUUUGGAGCUACUAUUAUCUUGUUACUUCACGAUAGUUCUUGUUCUAAUACAAAUCUAUAAAUGUAACUAAUGUGCAGAGUCCACUUAGUCAGGCCUGAUCUUCCUACAAGUUUAAAAAAUAAAACUUUUUUUUUAGUUAUUUGUUAUUAAAGUAAGUGGUUAUAUAAGGUCGUUAAAUAACCUAUAGUUGAAAAUAUAAUUUUUUUUAUGGUUAAACUUUCUGAUAUAACACCAUGAGUAUAUUCAUAGUGCGAAAAAGAAUGAACUUUUUACAAAACUGAAAAGCACUAAGCAUCAAAAACAGUGUUGUUUAUCUCAGUUAUAGUAUUGUCACAAAAAAGGACUGAAAAAUGGUUUUGCAGUUUUUUUUUAAAUUUUAAAAGUCUACCAUAAAAAAAUUAUCUGCUCAAAUUUUUACAGAUAUUUAUUUUAAAAUUCCUCUUUUUUUUUUUUGUUCUCUCUAGUUAAGGGUAUUAUGAAAAAUAAAUUAAUGUCAAGAGACUUAAAGAAGUACUAUGUAAAUGCAAAGAGACACUUCCGUUUAAACUGCAGGGUUGUUAUUUUAUUAACUAUUUUAAAUCAUUUGUGAUAUUCAAAAAUAAAGGUUUGCAGUUCUAAAAGGUUUUACCACUUACUAAAUCGUAACCGUUUUAAAAUUAGUUCUAUUUAUAAUUAGUUCUAUCCUCCAAAAAAUUUGUAAUUCAUUAUUGUGAAUAGGUACUUAUUAUAAUUUUUCUAAUAAAUUGGUGAGUGCAUCUCUGAAAACAAAGUAUGAUCCACAAAACUUCUUGUACUAGUUGAUGCUACCACCACACUUCUGUCCACAUUUAACUGCACUAUUGUAAUAGUUGGCAUACACGACAGCGCACUUGUCAGUCAUCCUGGCAACCAGAAAACUGUCAUUGUUCCCAGUCAUUUUCUCUCGGGCGACUGCUCUUAUUUAAACCUUAUGCAUGACAGUACUACAGCUUUCUGUUCCCUUCCAAAGGGUCUUCUUUUAUUUGUGGUCACAUUGCAAUUAUUGUGAGGUUAAGCACUUCUGUAAGACAUCACAGCUUAACAUCUUCAUGUACUUAUCAACAACCCUGACAUUAAACCGUUUUCUCGGAGUUAAUCAUUACAUGUUCUGUGCAUUGCUAUGUAGAAUGUUAACAGUUAUUAUGGCAUAUUCUGUUUGAAAUUAAAGUAGAUUUAGUUUACAAUUUUAAAUACAUUUCAUUAUUUUUUUUAUUCAUACGUUUUUAUACUUCAAGAUUACUAUAGCUUAAGAACUAACAUAGGAGUAACAGUAUCAUAACCUUGCCUCGGUACACUGUACAUACCGACAGUUGUGGACCACUUAGUUCAUAUGUUUGUAUGCUCUUAUCAAGUUAUUCUAUGAUUAAUUUAAGUUUUGUUGUAAAAAAUAAAUAGUACAAAUAGUUAAAGAUUUGAUGUGAAUAUUUUUAACAAAAAAUUAUACAUAUUUAUAUUUAAAUAGAUAUGUUGAAACUAUUUUAAUGCUUGUACAUUCUGCAAACUUGUACAACUAUAAAAUAGUUUUUUGUGGAUGUCAUUUUAUUGGACGAUAAAGCUAUGGUCAAUUUAGAGAUCAUAGAGAGAAUUUGUGUAGUCAUAUUAAUAAUAAAAUUUUAAAAAAUAUUAUACGAAAUCGUAAAGCUCAAAGUUUUUUGGGAAAAAGUUUUCACUGCCGAAUGUGUAUGUACUGAUUUUUUUUUAUAUUCAAUACCUUUGAGAUUUGAUGCAGAACCCUUUCUUGUACAUUUUAUUGUACAGCUGAGCAUAGUAAAAUUCCUUUGUGGGAAAAUGUAAUGUACAGUGUGUAAUUUAUUAAUGUGAUAUUUACCUAUAAUCUUCACAAGAAAACUUAUUACAGAAGUUUGAUCUAACAGUUUUUACAGAUGUAUUUAAAUUUUUAAAUUGUAUUAUUAUGUGUAUUUUAAUAUUCGUACCAUGUUUCAAUAAAAUUGAAAGUUUCAAAAUUUGACUAGCACAGCUAGUUAGGUUCCACACAAGUUUUUUUAUAUGUCCUACUUUUAUAAAGCAUUUAUUUACAUAUCACAGCAAUAACUUUAUAACAUAAAGUUUGAAUACUUGAGUGAAUUCAUUAUGGCCUCCUAGUUUGGGGGACUUAUUAUUUCUUACGACUGAUUUUUUUAGUGGAAACAAUGUAGGUACUAGGUUAAGAAAGAAGGAUUAUCUGUUCCAGUUAACAAUGUGAAUCAAACAGUGAGUGUUUUGUGUUAAGUUAUAUUUAAUUAUUUGUACAUAAAUGUGUUUUCUAAUUAAUCUUGUAUCUUGUAGUGUGAAUGUGGCUUUUGACUCAUGUAGCAUGUAGAUUGUGACUUGGCAAAAGAAACUGGAAUUUGUAACUGUCCUAAACCAUCAAGAAACCAAUAGUUUUAUAAAAUAAAAUUUCACUGGUAAUAACUAGUGCAUUGUUCAUUUUUUGCACUUUUUUAAUUAUAAUAACUAACAAAACAUUUCCAGUUUCUUUGAAAGAGUGUACAAAACAUGCAUGAAAUACUCUAUGAGGGAUAAGUACCACAGUUCAAGUAUUGUAAAUGUGACAAAAUAAAUAUAUGUUGGCUAUUUGUGGAACCAAAA